GCCGCCCCAAACCUGAAACAUGAUUUUGAUAAUGAAAGCGCGUUCAGCAAGUUUUGGCUUCGAUCAAUCCAGCUUUAGCAACCUCGACUGACGCCUUUAUAAAACGGUUGAGCCACAUACCACUAUUGUCAGAUACAUUGCGUGCUACUUUUGACACCCCAUUACUGUAGCUCAAUUGCCUCCGUCGAUCGCGCGUUACCGUUGGUGUCCUUCACGCUCCCUUCAGCUACGCCGCGGGCUGCGUGCUCGUAGCGCGAAGGAUCGGAUCGGCUAGUUUUUCAGCCUCGUACAGCCAGAGCCGAACCACCAGGCAGCGGCGCGAGAGGGUCGGGUCGGGUCGGGUCGAAUCUUAGCUUUUGAGUCAACCCGAAAACGAGGAUCGGGUCAAAUCUUCGCUUCUCGGAGGCAGUGGGUGCAGCGGCGUCUUCAGAGUAGCCUUUUGACCAGCGCUCGAAACGGCCCCGGCCCGGAUUGUUGCGCGGGUGCUGCGAACCCCCUCCUCUUCCCUCUAGUGCGAUCGGCGCCCAGUCCGCGCCAUGUCGUGGUGCACGAUCGAGUCGGAUCCAGGGGUCUUCACGGAGCUGAUGCAGCAGAUGCAAGUGAAGGGCGUGCAGGUGGAAGAGCUCUACAGCUUGGAUCUGGAUGCGCUCAAGCAGCUCAGCCCUGUCUAUGGUCUCAUAUUUCUCUUCAAGUGGCGCCCGGGGGAGCUUGACACGCGCCCCACUGUGCCCGAUUCCGCUGCUCCUGACGUCUUCUUCGCCAGUCAGGUGAUCAGCAACGCAUGUGCCACCCAAGCGAUCAUCUCCAUUCUCCUCAACGCCUCCAAUCGAAUCGACAUCGGCCCCGAGCUCUCCACCCUCCGCGAUUUCACCCGGGACUUUCCCCCCGAGCUGAAGGGCCUCGCGAUCAACAACAGCGAGGCCAUCCGCGCCGCCCACAACAGCUUCAGCCGCCCGGAAGCCAUAGUAGCUGCCGAGGAGGCCCGGGCGGCAGAAAAGGACGACGACGUGUAUCAUUUCAUCAGCUACGUGCCGAUCAACGGGGUGCUCUACGAGCUGGACGGGCUCAAGCCCGGACCUAUCCGGCUCGGGGAGAUCCCAGACUCGGGAGGAGCUUCGGGUGGUGGCCCGGGAGGGGAGGCUGGGACAGAGGGGAAAACAGACGUUAAGGUAGAAGGAGGCGUGGGAGGAGGCGGAGGAGGAGGUAAGGAAGGUUCUGGGAAGGAGGAGGAUGACAUGGCGUGGCUGCGCAUGGUGCAGCCGGUGAUUCAGCAGCGCAUCGAGAAGUACGCGGAGAGCGAGAUUCGGUUCAACCUCAUGGCCGUGGUUCGGAACAGGAAGGAGGCUUUGGAGGAGAGGCUCGGGGAGCUGAGGGAGAGGAAAGGCGCUGUGGUGGGGGAGAUGGAGAGGAGAGGGGGAGGGGGAGGGGAAGGGGGGAUGGAGGUGGACGGUGGGGAUGGGGGGAAGGAUAUGCGGGCGUUGGAGGCGGAGCUGGCGGAUAUUGAAAUGCAGAUGGCGCACGUGCAAGACUCGAUAGCAGGCGAGGAGGAGAAGUACCGGAGGUGGAGGACGGAGAACAUUCGCAGAAAGCACAACUACAUCCCCUUCCUCUUCAACUUCCUCAAGAUCCUCGCCGAGAAGAAACAGCUCCGGCCGCUCAUUGAGAGAGCACGGCAAUCAGCCUAAAUUUGAGAUGUCUCAAAAGUAAAUCACAGUAGUACUACAUCACAUGUUUCUCUUCAGCUUCAGCCGCUUAUUGAGAGAGCAAGGCAAUCAGCUUAGCUUCAAGCGUAAGGUAACUCGUACUAUCGUAUCAUUCCACAAAGAGGCACGAGUACAAAUAUGUCCAGUCCUCAUUGUAUGUGGCCUAUACCCUUAUUGUUUGGAGUUGAAUUAAGG